CGCGGGCGGGGCCGGCGGCGCUGGGGCGAGGGAGGCGCGGUGGGACGAGGCAGGUCGCGACACAUCGCAUCGUAUCGGGAUGUCGGGCGAUCACUCCCGCAGCCUGGGCAAGGGUAGCGCGGCGCCGGGGCCCGUGCCCGGGGGGCUGCUGCGGCUGUACAGCAUGAGGUUCUGCCCCUUCGCGGAGAGGACGCGCCUGGUUCUCCGUGCCAAGGGCAUCAGCCAUGAAGUAGUCAACAUCAAUCUGAAGAACAAACCUGACUGGUUCUUUGAGAAGAACCCCUCUGGGCUGGUCCCUGUUCUGGAGACCAGCAAGGGCCAACUGAUCUGGGAGUCCCCAAUCACUUGUGAAUAUUUGGAUGAGGCAUUUCCAGAGAAGAAGCUGAUGCCUUCAGACCCGUAUGAGCGAGCCCGUCAGAAGAUGAUCUUGGAAGACUUCUCAAAGAUAGUACCCUUACUUUUCAAGCAUGUCGUGGCGGUCAAAGAUGGACAAGACACCACAGCACUGAAAGCAGAGAUUGCUGAAAAGUUUGGCAAAUUUGAAGAGAUUCUGUCCAAAUGCAACACUGUGUUUUUUGGUGAGAACUCCAUCUCUAUGCUUGACUACAUGAUCUGGCCGUGGUUUGAACGCCUGGAAGCAUUCCAGCUGAAAGACACUUUGAAUCACGCACCAAAGCUCCAACGCUGGAUGGAGGCCAUGAAGGGGGACCCUGCUGUCAAGGCUACAAUGACUGACACACAGACAUUCAAAAACUACCUCCAGCUGUAUUUGGUGAACAGCCCUGAGGCAUGUGAUUAUGGGCUCUGAGGUGCCAGUAGGCAUGAGCUUGCUGAAGUGUCAGUGCUGUUUUUCAGUGUGGGGACUUAGUGUAAUUUGAUGUGGGCUCUUCUGUGGUUGCAUUUCAUGAUUGGGAAUAAAUCUGUGCUGAAAAGCUGAGAAACCUGCUGUGAACUCCACUUCUUCCUGUCAUGAGAAGGAUGUGCUGGCUUGAAGCAGGAGAUGGAAAGUCAUUGCCAGCCAUGUAUAUUGCAUAAGGGAAGAUGUUGUUACUCAGAGGUGAUGGUCUGUAAUCUCUGGCCUCUUUGUAGGCAUUGCUGGUGGGCAGUCCCUGAACUGAUGCUGUUACGUGAUUUAAAAAUUGUAAUACUAGUGUCCUGAAAAUGAAUAAAAAGCAAUGUC